AUGAAGUGGGUAACAGGUGUGUGUGAUGGUGGUCUCUUCACAGAGAGCUACUGUAACAUCUGCAAUGCUCAACUCAUCUCAGAGUCUCAACGCAAGGCACACUACGAGAGUAAGAAACAUGCUAACAAGGUCCGUCUCUUCUACAUGCUUCACCCUGAGGACGGAGGACCUCCCUCCAAAAGACUGAGACCUGACAACGCUGAUAGUGAGGAGACAGCUGUGGAUGAUAACAAGUGUUGUAGUCUGUGUAACAUGUUCUUUACCUCAGCCAUAGUGGCCCAGUCCCACUACCAGGGAAAGACUCAUGCUAAGAGCGUCAAACGAGUGUUGGGCUCCUCACCUACUAUUUCUACUACCCCUCCCACAGACUCCUCCCCCAGUUCAUCCGACACGCACCCUCUGCCAAUCCUGCCUCCCCCAGCCCCUCCCAUUACCUGGCUAGUGACCAAUGGCAACACAGCGUGUAGGUCGUGCUUCCUGUGUGGGGCAUGGUUCAACAACCCAGCGAUGGCCCAGCAGCACAACGAGGGGAAGAAGCACCGGCGGAACGCAGCCAGGAGACAACUACUGGAACAACUAGCUGAUAACCUGGACAGCAACCAGAACACAGGUUUGAGGAGCAGUUACAGCUGCAGUGUGUGUGAUGUCACUCUGAACUCAAUAGAACAGUACUACGCGCAUCUCCAGGGCUCCAGACACCAAAACAAUUUGAAGCAGCACCAGAGAUGUGUUGAGUCGGCCGGUCUGUGACUUCUGCCCCCCAGUGGAAGGAUGACCAGAGAGAAGAAGCAGCCAGAGAGAGACGGACUGGAAUUGUGACGUCAUCGUAUGCCGUUUGUGACGUCACAGUGCAGAGAAGGAGGUGUGACUGGUUGGACUAAAACAGAAACAGAAAGAAAAGAAGGUCAGACACA